GCCGGGGGAGGCGGCGGCUGCUUUGCGGCGAGAGAGCCAGCGACGCGGGGCAGUUGCUGGAACGGCGGCGUCGACGGCCCGACUCGUGCUCGACGGCCGCACGCCCUCACACGCCAGUGCGUCGGCCCGAGCGGUGGUGGUGGCACAGCGAACAGGUUUGGCAAUAUGGCCGCCUAGACUCGCGCUUCGUCGCCGUCGGCUCUGUGUGGAAGAAAAAGGAAACCGCAGAUGCGAAGCAGAACCGUUUCGUGAAACUUCUUCGGCGAUGGUGAAACCUUCGUGCCGUUUUCGCGUCGACGACGAGUGAUUUCCCCGCGGGUCGUCCGUUUGGCGGUGUGUUGGGUGUCUGCGCCCCCCCACGGAAGGGGAGUGCGUGUUUGUGUGUGUGUGUGGCCGUGAGAGAAUCUCGCCCCGUUGAGGGGAGUGUCCGGCGACCGCCGCCGCUUGUGGUCGGUGCACAGCGCGACGCCGGGGACCAUGAAUUCGUACGAGAAUAACUGCCUGCGCUGCGGUCAGACCGUGUACCAGGUGGACAAGGUGGGACCUCUGAAGGACUUCACCUUCUACCACCAGGGCUGCUUCAAGUGCCUCGUGUGCGGCACCAAGUUGACCCUGAAGACGUACUUCAACAACCAGCAGAGUCAGGAGGACAAGGAGGUCUACUGUCAGAACCACGUGCCCAAGACCGGACCGGGCCACCUGGACGGCAUGUCGGUGGGCAUCAAGGCGGCGCUGAGCGUGCCCAAGACCAACAACCUGGUCAACGACCAGAUUCGCGGCUCGGGCAAGGGCACGUUCGACGCGGACGCGCUUGGCAUCAAGUCGGCGCUCACCAGGAACCACCAGCAGCACCACGAGCAGGAGUACAAGCACGCCGUGAACCGGGCCGGUCGCUUCGACGCCAGCGCGCUGCACAUUACGCACGCGCUGAACGCCACCAAGGUGCACCGGGGCAAGCUCGCUUACGAGCGCAACAUGGACGAGUAUCUGGAUCCAGAAACGCAACGGACGUUGGAGAUGCGACAUCGGCUCGAGGAGGACGACCUCUACCGGCAGUUUGCGAAGAAGCGGCAAGAAGAAGAACACCACAUCACGCACCAAAUACAGGAAGAGUGGGAGAAGGAGCUGGAGCGGCUCACGUACCGCUACCAGCAGGAGAUGCGUCGCAAGAAGCAGCGCCUCAUCAGCACCGAGGAAGAGCGCAUGCUCACCGUUCGCCACCAGAAGGAGAAGGAGGACCUCGAGAAGAACAUGACCAUCAAGCUGGACCGAAAGAAGGAGUCGCUCACGCGCAAGCUGCUCGAGCAGGAGCGCGCCGCCACCGCCGACCUCGUCGAGAAGCACAGCGAGGAGAUGCUCAACCUCAUCAACGAGAAGAGGGACGAGCUCAUACGGCGAGAAGGCGAGGAGUUCACGAACGACGACAUCAACACGUACCCCAGCCAUCCGCCACCGCCGACGCCGGCGUCCAUCUCCAAGACGGACAUCUACACCGACCCCGAGGUGUUCUCGGAACUGGACCAGAUCGCGAUAAACGUGGCGCAAGCAGAUCAGCAGACAUUCACAGACCUGGUGCGGCAGUUAAUAUGCAGCUGUGUGACAGACGUUGAGAAAGCGAGAACAAUAUUCCGGUGGAUCACCGUCAAGAACUUGAACACAAUGCACUUCGACGAGAACGUUAUAGCAGACACGCCCAUGGGCAUUCUCAGAGGGAUCAAGCACGGCACCGAGAGCUAUCACGUGCUCUUUAAAAGACUUUGCAGCUAUGCCGGCCUGCACUGUGUCGUCAUCAAAGGCUACUCCAAGAGCGCCGGCUAUCAACCCGGUGUGCGGUUCGAGGACAACCGGUUCCGUAACUCUUGGAACGCCGUGUACGUAGCCGGAGCAUGGCGGUUCGUGCAGUGCAACUGGGGUGCUCGCCACCUGGUCAACGCCAAGGAGGUGCCCAAGCCCGGCAGCAAGGGCAAGUCAGACUCCCUCCGCUACGAGUACGACGACCACUACUUCCUGACAGACGCCCGCGAGUUCAUCUACGAGUUCUUUCCGCUCCAGCCUGAGUGGCAGCUGCUCAAGAGGCCCAUCUCUCUGCGUGAGUUCGAGGAGCUUCCGUUCGUGAGGUCGCUCUUCUUCCGCUACGGACUGUACUUCCCGGACACUGACACCAAGGCCACCCUGUACACGGACAGCACAGGAGCGGCCACGGUUCGCAUCGGCAUGCCUGAGGACAUGUCGCACAGUCUCAUCUUCCAUUACAACCUUAAGUUCUACGACAGCGACCGCGACUCGUUUGACGGCGUCAGCCUCAAGCGGUUCGUCAUGCAGAGCAUGGUGGGCAAUGUGGUCGCCUUCAGGGUGCAUGCGCCUUGCUCGGGCGCCCUCCUUCUGGAUGUCUUUGCAAAUGCUGUCACGCCGCGCGAAUACCUCACGGGCGAGCCCAUGAAGUUCAAGAGCGUGUGCAAGUUCAAGAUCGUUUGCGAGGACCUGCAGACAGUCAUGGUCCCGCUGCCGGAUUGUGCGUCCGGAGAGUGGGGUCCCAUGAAGGCAACGCGCCUUUUCGGUCUCGUUCCGGAGUCUCACGAGGACGCCCUUAUCUUCUCGUCCCGGGAACUAGAGGUGCGUUUCCGCAUGACCCGACCCCUAACCGACUUCAUGGCGACGCUGCACAAGAACGGCGUUGAGGAGAAGAAGCUCUCCAAGUUCGUCUCGCACACUGUCCACGAGGACCUGGUCACUUUCUUCUUGGCUUUUCCGGACGACGGCCAGUACGGCAUGGACAUCUACACGAGGGAGAUGAACGGCGAGAUAGAGACCGGAGAGAAGCACUUGCUGACCCACUGCUGCAAGUAUCUCAUCAACGUCUCCAAAUUAUCUUCAAAAUAAAGAAUGUCUGCCUUGAGCCACCGGUACUGAGGCCGCCAUAGCCAACCUCGAAAUGAGUCUACAUCGUGCAGCUAUGCACAAAGGCUUCAAGAAAGCUGUCGGCGUUCAAGUUCAUGCGAUCAACGGUAAAUUACCUACUCCAGGACUUGGCCUCCGACUUCUGUGCACAGAACGACUCACCAAGUCGAAGGCAGUUGCUGCCAUCAGCGUCAGGAUGACUGGCGUUACUGUCGAUGACUGUUCCUGAGUGCCUGAAACAUGCACAUGUCAGUGGUCUUUGUGUAUCACGUGACCAUGCCUUGCGUCAGCGUGAUCUGCUAGCUUUUUUGCACGUGCACACAUAUGGUUCGACGCUUCGGACUAAUCGUGUUUCUAAUGUGAACAACCAUUUCAGAGUGCAUUCCAUUGGAGAGAGUGACUACUUCGUCGCCAUGUCCAUAAAGUGAUUUACUUCUGCCUCUCUAAUGUGACAAGUUCGAGCUUUUUUUGCAGAACAUUUUCACCUCUUGCACGUCAGUGUGGAUGUGUUGCUGUGUUCCACUGCUACUUAUUUAAAAUUUAAUGCAGAGUGCCUAUACUUCUUUUUUGUAAAAAAUUCAUAUUAUACUUCAGCUAGUUUACAUAAAGAUGCCUUUACCUUGUUUACAUACAUUCUUCCCUUGUAUAGGCCGUUGCAAUUCUUACAUAUUUUCUUUAUCGACUUGUGCCUUAUGAUGUCAAAAAAAAUAUAUGUCGAUGAUGCGCAGACCAAAAUGUCAAACAUCUAGUGUCCAUGAUGUGCCUUGAUGACACUGGGUCAAAUUCAGUGACACACUGCUUUUGUACUCCACAGUUUUUGUUUCAUAUUUAUACGUUGUACUAACUCUGAUAUCUACACUGUAAGUUAAUAAAGUUUAAUAUAUUUUUACAGCCA